AUGCCCCCCAAAAAGGCCCUCGUCAUCGCCCUCUCCGGCUGCUCCUCCAGCGGGAAAACCACCCUCGCCCGCCUGCUCCGCGACAUCUUCCCCAACACCUUCAUCCUGCACGAAGAUGACUUUUACCGCCCCGAAGCCGAGCUUCCCGUGAAAAACGGCCUCGUGGACUGGGACUGUCCCGAAUCCAUCGACAUACCCGCCAUGGCAUCCGCCCUCGCCUACAUCCGCGAAAACGCCUCUUUUCCCCCAACCCUCGACUCAAAAGAAGACCAAAACUCAGUCGGCCCCUCCCCCAUCCCCCCCACCCUCACAGAAACCCUCAAACAAAAAGUCCUCUCCCACCUGCCCCCCUCCCACCCCCUCCUCCUCUCUCAUCAAUCCCAUCAAUCCCAGGACGACGAAACAACAACAACAUCAUCGUCAUCAUCAUCAUCGGCAUCAGCGCUCAGAAUAUGCAUCCUCGACGGCUUCCUCCUCUUCACCCCGGCAAUGUCCUCCAUCCAACCCCAUCUCGACCUCAAAAUCUUCCUCCGCGCCUCCUACGCCCAAGCCAAGGCCCGCCGCGAGGCAAGAGACGGCUACGUCACCCUCGAGGGCUUCUGGGCCGAUCCGCCGGGCUACGUGGACAAGAUUGUCUGGCCAAACUACGUCGAGGCGCAUGCGUGGCUGUUUGAGGACGGAAAUGUCGAGGGCAGGUUCAGGGCGGAUGUGCUUGAGAGGGAGGGGAUUCGGGUGCCCGAAGGGGAGCCCCUGGAUGGUGAUAUGGAGACUACUCUGACGUGGAUGGUGGAUUUGUUGCUGGAGGAGCUGAAGAAGUAUGCUUAG